AUCGGUGCACACAUGCUAAUGUAAUCGUAUUGACGUCCACAUGCUACCGGCUAGAGUGGCAAACUUGCCUUGCCAAAGGACAUUAGCGCCGGGUGGGAUUCGAAUCCUCGACCCUUGGUUUAAGAGUAAAGUGACUGACCUUCUACACCACCUCACCUCCACACAAAACUUUCAACCAAAUAUUGGGAAAAGUUUCAUUUUAGAACAUUGAAAUCAAUGUCUUAAUAUUAAUUCUUGUUUUACCAAGCCGGGAAAUGCACGUUCCAGUUUAUUAUUAUGGUAGGCUAAUAUCAAACGAGGUGUAAAUUAUGCAAUUAUUGUCCCGGUUUGUUAUCAGCUAGUAGUAUUUGGUCGAUGCGCUUGAAGACUUCAUAAUUAUGAUAAUGAGUGCGUUACGGUAGAAGCUUGUUAUUCGAUGAUGAGUUCGUAUGAGUGACGGAUAUCGAUUCUCUAGAUCUGCUCCGUGAUCGCCAAAAUGUUGGCUCAAACUGGGUUCCUACUAAUGUGUAUUGUGAAUGCAAUGAAAGCCUCCAGCUAUCAGAUUCACGACGCAUGUCCCGGUGUCUCCAAGAUCUGGUGUCCAGACCAAUACGACCCAUCAACAAAACAACACGUUCAACUGCAACCAAAAUAUGUUCCUGUCGGCCAUGAAAUAGAAAGUCUGUAUGGUAAUAUUGCUGAUAAUGCGGAGAGGUACUACUGCACAAAACCAGCCUGUCUAGCAGGACCCUGUUGGAAUGGUGCGACUUGUAGGGAAACAAUGGAGGGCUUUACAUGCACCUGUCCUGAAGGAUUUCAGGGUCUACUCUGCCAGGAAGAUAUCGAAGAAUGUUCCAGUAGUCCCUGUGAGAACGGGGCGGAAUGUCUGGAUGGAAUAAAUGCAUACCUGUGCGAAUGCGUGCCAGGAUAUGAGGGGACACAUUGUGAAACUGAAACACUGGAAUGUGCAAGUACCCCGUGUAUGAAUGGUGGAGCAUGUAAUGACGAAAUAAAUCAGUAUACAUGCUCGUGCAUCGGUGGUUAUGCUGGGAUCAAUUGCGAGAUCGAUUUUGAUGAAUGUAGUAGCUCGCCUUGCCAACAUGGCACAUGUAAUGAUGACGUCAAUCAAUACUCAUGUUCAUGUAUUCCCGGUUAUAUUGGAAACAACUGUGAAACAGAUGUAAAUGAAUGCGCGAGUUCACCUUGUCUUAAUGGAGGAGCGUGUGUUGAUAUGGUAAAUGAGUUCUCCUGUAAUUGCGAAGAUGGCUACUCAGGUGAAACUUGUGACUCAGAUAUUGAUGAUUGUAUCAACGUGGAAUGUCAGAACGGUGGCGCAUGUGUAGAUGCUGCCAAUAGUUAUUCUUGUUCAUGUGCAUCUGGCUACGAGGGAUUGCACUGCGAGACUGAUUUCAAUGAAUGCGCAAGCAAUCCGUGUCAGAAUGGAGGAUCGUGUACUGAUAAUAUCAAUCAUUUUACAUGCACCUGCCAACCGGGAUACGGAGGAGACCAGUGCCAAACAGAUGCUGAUGAGUGCAUUAGUACACCUUGUCAAAAUGGUGGUGGCUGUGUGGAUGGCAUUGAUAGUUAUACUUGUUCAUGUACGUCCGGAUACGAGGGAUUGCACUGUGAGACCAGUAAGUGCAAGUCAUUAUCCAUAAUGCUAUAUCCCCUUUAAUCGCUAGCUGAUGGGCCCACUAUUACAAA